GUGGGAGGAGGGGGGAAGGACAACAUUCGAUUCGAUUCGAUUCUUAAGCGAAAAUAAGCGCGCGAAAUAUGAAACAUUUGUUUUGACAGCCAAUAGAUGGCAUUAAUAUGCAAGAUUCUCAUGUGGUCUUUAUUCGAAACAAAAACAAAAACAUUCGAUUCUUGUCAUCAAAAGCUAAUAUCAACAGAGAAAUGGCUAAAAAUAUUGUCAAAAUUCAUUGGCAAAAAGAUGUUCAAAUUGAAGAAAUUGAUUCACAUUGUUUUAAUUCAAAUAUUGAUAAUAAAUUCAAUGCAAAUUAUAUCCAAUGGUCGUCUGAUAAUCAAUUUUUGGUUGUUAAUUUAAUGGAUGAAUUGUUGAUAUUUGAAACAAAUAUUCAUCGCUUGUUUGAUGAAAAACGUAAUCUUCUUAAUGAUACUGUUGGCCAACGACUUGGUUUCCGUUCGAUCCGCAUCAAACCGGAUUCCGAAUUCAAAUAUAAACUAACCACGAAUGAAGUCAACUCGAAUUUUUGUCGGCUUCCACCCGAUAUUGGACCACGAUUUAUUGAUUUUAGAUUUGCUCCACCAUCCUCAUUCGAUUUGAAUUGUUUUCAAAUUUUGGCCUGUCUUGACGAUCAUAAUGUUCUCGUUAUUUAUCUGAAUUUAAGUCCAAUCGAAUGGCGCCAAAUCUGUAAUGUAACAAGAUUUUUAAAUGAAUCAUUGAUGCAACAAUCAUUGAAUGAUGAUGAUGAUUAUUUUGAUCGAUUAAAUAAGAUGCGUAUUAGUGCUUUUGAAUGGCAUCCCGAUAUCACUAAUGUUGAUUCUGGAAACGAUACUUUACAUCGUUAUCUAUAUUUCACAACUAAAGAUAAUAAUCUUUAUUCAGCACGAUUAAUUAUCAAUCGGGAAAUUGAUUGUGAGAUAAAAAUACUGCAAAAAAUUGCAAUCAAAUCGGAAAUCAUUACGAUUAAAUCAUUAAAGUCCUUAUUAUUGAUUCAAUAUCGUGAUGGAAGAAUAGAUUUAUACGGUCAGAAUCUGCAAAAAAUGACUACAUUAUGGUCGAAACAAGAUUAUCGAAUCGUAAUGAAUUUUGCUCAUAAACAAUUGAAUAACGAUGAAAUCGAAAUCAUUUUCUCGAAAUAUGAUUCCAUCAUUGCUACCAUUGUUGAUGUGAAUACGAUGCAAUUGCAAACGUUCAAAGAAUUUUCUAUCAAACAGCUUAACGAUGAACGAUUGAUGGAAUUUCAUUAUGAAAAUAUAUUUGCUGUAUUUAAUCUGAACACUUACUAUUGUCUUACUACAAUGAAGAAUGAUAUCUAUUCAUUCGAACUCGGUAAUAUCGAUGCCAGCACAUUAGUGAUGAGAAAAUUGAUUCAUCCAUCCAUGUUGAAACAUUCGGAUGAUGUUCAUUAUGCAUCAAUAUCAUCAUCAUCCAAUAAUGCAUUAAUGGCCAUUUUAUCUCGGCAAAAUCGUUUCAGUGGAAAAUGUACAAAUUUUAAGGUAAAAAAUGUUCGCCUUUAUAUCGCUACUACACAUACAAUCAAUCCAUCAUCGACUAUUCUAUCAUUGACAAAGCGUCUGUUUUCCACUAAUCAUCAUCAUUCAUUUAAUUUAGCCGAUCUUUUAUUCAUGAUACGUUAUAAUCUAUUAUGUUCAGAUUCCAGCGAAAAUGGAUUCAAUUUGAUUGUCGAUAUUCUUCUACGCAAAGUUCCAUUGUGGUUAGAAAGAUGGAAUGAUGAUGAUAAUAAUAAUGAUUUGAAUGUUUGGUCAUAUCAAAUCAAAUGUAUCAGAUAUUUGGCACGUUAUUGUUUAAUUGAUGGGGAAAAAUUUCUUUUGUAUGGUCAUGAUAAACAAAUCAAUCGUGAAAGACUUGAAAAAUUAAUCGACAUAUUAAAUCUACUGAUUAUGAAAAGUCAUUUCAAGCAAGUAUUUCAUUUGAUAAAAAUCGAUGAUCGAUUUGUGGAUGAAUUAUCUAUCGAACAACGAAUCUCACUCGUUAAUCUUAUCAAUGCAAAUGUUAUCGAUUUCUUUCCUGAUGUAAUCCAAAAACAAAUCAUUCAAUCGGUUGAAAAUAGAGUACAAAAUUGUCCCAGUUGUAAUAAUAUUGUGGAAAAUCCCUCAUCAUGUUAUCUGGAUCAAUAUAAUACUAAACAUAAUUGUUAUGGACAUCAAUUUGAUGUUGAUUCAAAUUCAUUGAUCAUAUUGAAUCCCGUUGAACAUUCGAUCGAAUCCUGUAUAAAAUGUUAUGAAUCCAAACUGUUUGUUCGUGAUGAUCGAACAAGCCUUUGGCCCGAUCCACAAAUGUAUCCAUUCCGUUUUGUAUCCAAAUGUUGCUUAUUUUGUAUAUAGUCAAUCAUAUUGCAAUUAUCAUCAAUUUUUAUCGAUAUGAAACUUGUUUUUGAUUGAUUGAAACAAGAUGGCGCAAUACAUUAUCUCAUCAAGAAUUUGU